AUGCCUACCAGCGGCAAUGGCGUUGCUGACGUCAGGCUCUCGGGACGCGAGCUUUGUGAUGCCCUCUUUGUCCUCGCCGCAUCAAGACGUUUCCAAGGGCAUGCAGAGGUUGCCCAGGAGGUAGCAAAGACUUUGUGCUUUCACUAUGAAGAAUACCUCCCCGAGUUGCAGCUGUGGCCCCAGACGCUACCACUUGUCUCCGAAUUCCUAGCGUGGUAUUGCAGAGACAGGCGAUUGAUUGGCACUUUCCUGCGGACAGUGUUGGCGCCAUUUUGGCGUAAACACGAAGUCGCCGUCCAGGGAGCCUUGGUACCGCACCAUGCGCAAGCUGUAUCGGCAGCCUGCUCUUCUUGCGGAAGGGCUCUGCCGCAUGAUGUCUUGGAAACGGUCCGCGGUGCCCUGUGCAAUUGGACCACGGCCAACGUUUCUCAGCUCGGGCCUCGCGGCACGGCAGGCAUGGCGCUGGCGCUGUCCAGGGUAGGACCUGGUCUAGCCGGUGAGGAUGCCAAUGCCCGGCUGUUGACCAUGCUAGUGCGCCGUGCAGGCCAGCUGUUGGAGGAGGCAGCGGAAGGCUCUACCAAGAUGAUGCGGCGUCCUUUGGGCCAGAAGGUGUUCAAGCCUCUGACAUCAGUACAGUUCUUCCGCGCGGACUGGCUUGGUAUGUUCCUGAGUGCUUUGGCACGGGGGCGUUGUCGCGAUGAGGUCGAGACACUGAGGCGCUUGCUGGAAGCACACCUUCUUCCACGGCAGCGCAGUCGCUUGGCCUUCGAGGCGCAAAAUCUGGCCCUUGCUGCAAAUGCUGUGCUCAAGCUGGAUUUGUUACAGCUCCGCCUGGGUGAUUCAACGCCACUGGCAGCGCUGGCCCCCGAGGUACGGCGCGCAUGCAUUGCCAUGGAGGGGGAUAGCGGAGCUCGUUCUGCCUGCCUAUUGGCGCAUGCUUUUGGAAGUGCUUUGGUCCUGCUGCCGACACCACCGGCCCCUGGCGACAUAGUUCAACUCACACAGGUCUACGAGAAAGUGCUGGAGGACAUCUUCGAACUGAGCCUUUCAUUGCGCCUCUUGAACAUCCGAGUGCGAUUCCAGCUGCUGUCGGCUGUUCAAUGUUGGUUUUUUGCUUCAGAGCUGGGACUGAAAGCAUCGUUGCCUUCACUCCACCGAGCACAGCGCGUGCUCGAGAAAUCCGGUGUUCUUCCCGACCCCGUGGAGUCCUUGGGAGAUCAGGACCUCAUCAGCACCAAGGGUCAUGCAGAGGUGGCCGAGGCCCUGCCCAAAGAAUGGCAGGCACGAGCCCGCAUGGAGGACUUUGCGUUCCCAUUCUGGCUGGACAUCGUGGUUGCGCGCAGCAGCACAAAGACCGUAUGGGCCAUGUAG